AAAAAGAUGAAGCUUGGUGGAAAAUAAUUUUUUUAUUUGGCAAUUUGUUAACUUUUGUCUCAAACUAAAAUUUGUUGGGAAAGUUAAAAUAGAAAUACUCUUCAUAAAAUAAUAAAUUCAAUCAUUUUAUGUUCAUAUGUUUGUUGUAUGUUGUUGUCGUCUUCCCGCUCAUUACGGCCAGCGGUUGGUUUGUCACAUACAUACAUACAUGUAUGUACGUGUACGUACAUAGACUGCCGUCCACAGUUCUAAGUCUUUACUCCAUCCACUGGUAGACUCGUCCCAUAGAUACUUACAGUCGACAGAUGUUUUCGCUAAAUGAGGAAUUUCAUGCCUUAAACUCCUAUUGUCUUCUGUACCCUGAAACCGUUUCCUCUUUAUAAAAUCCUAAGCCAUUCAGAUACAUCUGUACAUACAUACAUUUUGAACGUUUUUUCGUAGAAAUAAAUAUCAAAUUUCAAAAUAAAUCCACCUAAUGUUUCUUUUUUUUUAAUUUUUUUUCAAAUGAUUCUUAAAAAAUUUCCAAUACAAAUAUAAAUAUAACGAUAAUAAUGCACUAUAUAUAGAAUAUUUUCAUGUAAAUGAUUGUAAUAUUUCAAAUUUUUUUACAGAAGAUAAUGUCUGUAUGGACAUUAAUGCAAAAGCAAAUCCAAUAUUGUAUCUUUCCUUCAAAAUCUAUUAAAAAAAAUUUUAAAAAGACUGCAGACACAGAUUUAAGAACAUAAUUGAGAAAAAUUUAUUCAACAGGAACAUCAGUCUAAUAUUUUAAGAACGAAUUGCCGUCCAUUUUCUUAUUUAUAUACUAGAGAGAGGUAAAGAAUGAAUGCCUUUUAGGGAAGAGAGUAGAAGAGCGAGCCAAAGGUUCUUAUAUGGCAUCAAGGGUGAGUGUGCGAGGGUGUGCGUUUUUUCUUUACCGAGACACGCAUAGUCGGAGCUAAAUGCAUCAUCCGUUUUAAGUCAACACCAUUAUUCGAACUAUGGUGGUGGUUGUACAGACGAACGAUAGAUUGGAACAGAAGUUGAAAAACCAGAAUUCGAUGAAGCCAUAGAUACGAAAACUACAAAAAUACAAAACAGUUUUUGAAGAUACGCACACUCGGAAGGUGACAGACGGAAAUUUCAGAAUAGCAUUGAAAUAGCGAUAUCAAUGCUAAAGUGGCUUAAGCGGUUUUGCGGUUUAUAUAAAAAUACAUAAAUAUAUCUACAUGUGAAAUAGUUGUGACGGUGCUCGUUGUCUAUCUAACUACAAAUUUUGAUUAUAUAAAUUUAUUGUUCUUCACUACACCAUGGAUUUAAAGUCAAUAUCAAAUAUUGUGUUUGAAAACGGAACACUACUGGGAUCAAUGCCCGAAUGUCAAUCCAACAGGCAUUGUGGAGCGUUUGUCAUUCCUGAAAUCGUAAUAAGUUCCUGCCAAAGCAACAACAGCCUUCACAGAGUUCGCGAAGAUAACAGAGUAAACAUCAAUUCAAUUCAUAGAAAACUUAGCACCUGCAGCGAGCAGAAAGUAUGCACCGAACAGUGUAUAGUAGGUUCUGGCACUGUAAUUUCAUCAAACGUGCUCAACGCAAGCCUGAGCUCAGGAUCUGAUUCUGUCUCUAAACACGAAAAAUGUUCGGACGGGAGUACUAUCACUGCCAAGGAUACACGUUGCUCGGCGUCAUCUGAAACUACCGUAAUGGCCGCUCUGGAGAUCGGAUAUCCUCCCCAAUAUAGUAACAUCUACAGGGAUCGUCGACAAAACCAUGUGGAUAGCACGGUAUCUGUUAACACACCGGUGCAGCAAACGAGAAAUAUAUCAUCAGAAGAAGAUCGUACAAAUAGUAUACAAUAUUUUCAGUACUGCCAACACCGACGUGGAAUCGCGGAACAGAAUCCACAUCAUGACCACAGCAAUAUGAUGAACGUAACUGUACCUUUAUCCGGCAAUUCUUUAGUGGCCGGUAGUCGCUUACUUAGUACCAAUAGUACUAACAUAACUGGGUCGUCCAACGAAGUCCCGAUAGGAGGAUGCAGUUUUCGAAAGUGGUUUUUACGUCCUUCUUUGCCGUUUGUGAUUGGCGUCUUUGCACUUGGAGGAGUAGCAUUCACUCUUGGUGGCAUUGUGCUUGGAAGUACGGGUCUUUUGGAACACUCAACUCAAUACUUAAGCGCGGCGCUAUUAAUGAUUGGAAUCGGAGUAUCAUUAAUAGUCAUUUCAGGUGCUAUCUGGCGGUUAAGUCUUCUUGACGACGCAGAUGAUUGCAGCUGUUUUAGGCGUUUUGAAACUUGCCACAACUGCCACAACCCUCACUGCAAUAAUCGACAGGUUCGAGAUGGAUACAUUUAUACAGAAUUUCAGCACCGACCCCCACCGCCUUCCUAUCUAACUUCACUCAACGAGUACACUCUUGUUUACUACCCCAAUGUCCAUUCUAUCGGAAUAAGCACUCCACCCCCACUGUAUCGUUCAACAUACUCGCUCAAUUACAGCGUUUUAGGUCCAAUGGUCCCACCUGCAGAAAUAUCUCAGUUGCAAAAUAACACGUUAUUUAAAGAUGAUCGGUCUUCGUCCAACGCCAUCAAAAAAGUAAAAUCAAGCGAUCAGUUAACAAGCGCAGAAAUCUCUGAAACUGGACUACUAAUACAGGAGACUGAAGAAUAUACAACAAACAGAGAUUAUGCUUUUAUUUAAAUAUAAAGUUCUAAGUUAUGCAAAUCUUGUAUUUAAAAUUCAAAGUAUUUACUCAAAUAGAUAGUAUCGACUAAAUACUUCUAAAACAAUAAACUUAUUCACAUAAA